AUGGAGAUUGGUUGUGUUCUCUCCUGCAGCCCUGUCUGGUCCAGAGGUUUCAGAGUACUCUGGUAAUAGCAGAGCACAACAACAACCAGCUCACACCCAUCACACUGAACGCCAUUACUGCUGCCAGCAGGGUGGGAGGAGAGGUCACCUGCCUGGUGGCUGGAACCAACUGUGCCAAGGUAGGACUGUCACUGCGAUGCCCCACAGAGGUGGCAAACCCUCCUAUCUGGAGAGCUACCAGUGGGUAUGCAACUUUUUUAAUUUAACCUUUAUUUGACCAGGUUGGUCUCAUUGAGAUUAAACAUCUCUUUUGCAAGAGAGACCUGGCCAAAUUUUGCUCCAACCCUACCUAAUUCAGCUAGGCUAAUCAUGAUUCUGGUGAGUAGAAUGGGGUGUUUCAGUAAGGCUGGGGCAAAAGCCUGCACACACCCAGUUCUGCUGUAGGAGGGUUGGCUACUCCUGCCCUAACAGCUGUUCACGGUCACACACAUCAAUGAAAGUUAUGUUUUUAAUGUGAAAUUUCAAACGUACAGUUGAAGUCGGAAGUUUACAUACACUUUGGUUGGAGUCAUUAAAACUCGUUUUUCAACCACUCCACAAAUUUCUUGUUAACAAACUAUAGUUUUGGCAAGUCGGUUAGGACAUCUACUUUGUACAUGACACAAGUAAUUUUUCCAACAAUUGUUUACAAACAGAUUAUUUCACUUAUAAUUCACUGUAUUACAAUUCCAGUGGGUCAGACGUUUACAUACUCUAAGUUGACUGUGCCUUUAAACAGCUUGGAAAAUUCAAGAUGAAUGAUGGCUUUAGAAGUUUCUGAUAGGCUAAUUGACAUAAUUUGAGUCAAUUGGAGGUGUACCUGUGGAUGUAUUUCAAGGCCUACCUUCAAACUCAGUGCCUCUUUGCUUGACAUCAUGGGAAAAUCAAAAGAAAUCAGCCAAGACCUCAGAAAAAAAAGUGUAGACCUCCACAAGUCUGGUUCAUCCUUGGGAGCAAUUUCCAAAUGCCUGAAGGUACCACGUUCAUCUGUACAAACAAUAGUGCGCAAGUAUAAACACCAUGGGACCACGCAGCCGUCAAACCACUCAGGAAGGAGACGCAUUCUGUCUCCUAGAGAUGAACGUACUUUACAUUUAACAUUUUAGUCAUUUAGCAGACGCUCUUAUCCAGAGCGACUUACAGUUAGUGAGUGCAUACAUUUUUUCAUACUGGCCCCCCGUGGGAAACGAACCCACAACCCUGGCGUUGCAAGCGCCAUGCUCUACCAACUGAGCUACAGAUGAAUGUACUUUGGUGUGAAAAGUGCAAAUCAAUCCCAGACCACCAUGAAAGGACCUUGUGAAGAUGUUGGAGGAAACAGAAACAAAAGUAUCUAUAUCCACAGUAAAACGAGUCCUAUAUCGACAUAACCUGAAUGGCCGCUCAGCAAGGAAGAAGCCACUGCUCCAAAACCGCCAUAAAAAAGCCAGACUACGGAAAUUACGGACUACUAGGAAAAUUAUGUGUAUAUAUUGAAGCAACAUCAAGACAUCAGUCAGGAAGUUAAAGCUUGGUCGCAAAUGGGUCUUCCAAAUGGACAAUGACCCCAAGCAUACUUCCAAAAUUGUGGCAAAAUGGCUUAAGGACAACAAAGUCAAGGUAUUGGAGUGGCCAUCACAAAGCCCUGACCUCAAUCCUAUAGAAAAUGUGUGGGCAGAACUGAAAAAGCGUGUGCGAGCAAGGAGGCCUACAAACCUGACUCAGUUACACCAGCUCUGUCAGGAGGAAUGGGCCAAAAUUCACCCAACUUAUUGUGGGAAGCUUGUGGAAGGCUACCCGAAAAGUUUGACCCAAGUAAAUUUUUUUAAAGGCAAUGCUACCAAAUACUAAUUGAGUGUAUGUAAACUUCUGACCCACUUGGAAUGUGAUGAAAGAAAUAAAAGCUGAAAUAAAUAAUUCUCUCUACUAUUAUUCUGACAUUUCACAUUCUUAAAAUAAAGUGGUGAUCCUAACUGGCCUUAGACAGGGAAUUCUUACUAGGAUUAAAUGUCAGGAAUUGUGAAAAACUGAGUUUAAAUGUAUUUGGCUAAGGUGUAUGUAAACUUCUGACUUCAACUGUACGUAUGUCACCCUUGUGCAGUACAAUGUAGCUUUUUCAUGAUAUACAGCUGGCUGAUAUGAUUAACUGUUUAUUUCUGUGUUGGAUUCCUUCUUUAACAGGUUGCAGACCAGAUAAGUAAAGUCCAGGGGGUCAAGAAGAUUCUAGUGGCUCAGCAUGACUGCUACAAAGGACUGUUACCAGGUGAUUUUGGAAGGAUGAAAGUCCCUUCAUUCUGGGAUGGGAUAUUUUUGUGGAUAUGCUUAGUCCAAAUAUAGAUGCCUGAGAUGUAUAUUUACAGUUUAGAUGAUGUACUGUUGGAAUGAUGGAAUGGAAUGGUACUUCCCUUUGGUGUAAAAAUGUACUCUAAACCCGGGACUCUUUUCUCUAUACAGAGGAAUUGACUCCUUUUGAUUCUUGCUACCCAGAAACAGUUCAACUUCACACACAUCUGUGCAGGAGCUUCUGCUUUUGGGAAGGUGAGUUACUGACUGUCACAUGUCUGCAUUUGCAGCGCAUAGCCUUUCCCCCCAUAUUAUUAAUAGCCAUAUAAUGAUAAAGUCCUUAAGUUUAUUUUGUUACGUAUCCAGACAUGCAUGAAUUAUAGCUCAUUUUAUCGUCAUAGCCACGUCUAGUUUAUCUGGUUUAGCGUUUUUAAACAUUAUGCUUUAAUGCUUCUGAAAGUUUUUUUCCUUCCAAUUUCACCCAGUAAGUGUAGUACUACCCCUCAAUUACUACCCCAGUAAUCUGUCAUUCUGCAAUAGAACUGUCAACUUGCUGAUCUAAUGGUAUUUCUAUUGAAUUAGGAUGCAUUAAACAAUAUCUUAUGUAUUGUAAUCCAACUCAUAUUGACUGAGGCUGGGUUGUCUGGUCUCGAUUUCCCUGAGUAGAUGAAUGUGUUUCAGAUGAUGCAUCCUAAUACUGUCUGGUGUUUGAUUUAAUUUAUUUUACAAAAAACAUAAUCAGCGAUCAUUUGUCAAAGAUGACUUUGAAUUCCAUUGUCCAUCCUUGGGCUAAACUUCACACAUUUUGUAUUUGAGUCUCAGUAGCCCAAGCUAGUUUUAUCCAACUCACAGAGGGCAGUUUGUAUUGUCAUGGUACCAAAGCAACAUUGACGUCAUCUACUAGAAACUGUUUCAUUAGGGACAAAUUAUUUGUAAUAGUUUCAAAUUCGUCUUUAUUGUACCAAACUUUGCCAAGUCCUUAAAACGUUGACAAACAUUUCCAUUUUAAAACACUCCCCAUCACUUCUCUGUGUCCUGAGAGAUCCACAGGGUGAUAUGGUUGAAUUAAAGAAUAUCAUCUGAAUGCUGUGUUAUGCUCUACAGAAUCUCCUUCCCAGAGUGUCAGCCAAGCUGGAUGUUGCAACUCUGUAUGACAUCACAGAGGUCAAAUCUCAAGACACUUACGUAAGAACAAUAUAUGCUGGUGAGAUUCCUGUUGUAAUAUAUUUUAUAAUUAACAACUAUUCCAUUGAGGUAUAAAAUAUUCCCAAAUAUUUUGUAAGCACACUGUAAUUAUUAUGCAUUACAACAUAGUCGCUUAUCACUGCAGGCCUGGUCAUAGCACUACCCAUAAUGCAUACGUAAGCAGCAGAAUAAAUGAUUGGAUAGGUUUCAGUAUUGGUGUACUGCUCUGCUAAUGGGCUGGUGUCAGGGGUUAAAUGGAGAUGAUUGUUCUAUAUUCAUUAGUAAAGUGAUGAGGCUAUAGUAGUUCAUGUUGUUGUUGUUUCUGACCUCUUAAUGACUACAGAGAUCCACCAUAGUCAUCCCAGCUGUCAGUCUGAAAGCCUAAAAACCUCCCUGAAGAAGAAGAUACUCAGAUCAUAUUUUGAUUGGGCCCAUUAUAAUCAUAAAAUAUAAAUAGGUCUGAUUAAAAUUAUCCACUUAAACUUUGGCAAGAGCCUGACUGUUCCUGGUUGGAAAUUCAGUGGGGGGGAGGGGAGGUUUAACAUCUUUGCUGCUGCAUUUUUGACAUAGACAAAGGUCUCACACUUGGAUGUUUUGGAGUUCUUAUUUGGCCCAUUGCCUCUGUUGUCAGACAGUUCAAUUAGUAAUUUACAAUGCAUAUGCCAGGAACCGCCCUAGCUCCAUACAAUGCAAGUUCUUACAAUGGAAAUAAUUACAAUGCAAGUCUGUUCUUUCAUGUUUUUAAUUAUUACUGUGAACAUUUGUCAUUGUAUUUUAUAGAAUUGCCUGAAUUGCAUCACAUGUAAAACAGACAAUGGCAUUUAUCAGAGAAUAACCAACAAUGCAAAAGCUUUAUUAAAUCACCAAAUACUUCUAAAUACUUUUUCAUACUGAGUCUUUUUUGCUUUAAGGAUGUAUCUCAAUAUAAGCCAAGCAAACACAUUGUGUGUGGUGUUACUGCAUGUGUUGUCUUUGCUACAGGUAAUGCACUGUGCCACAGUGAAGUGCAGUGAGAAAGUCAAGGUGUUCACAGUGAGGGGGACUUCCUUUGAACCUGCUGCUGUGGAGGGAGGCAGUGCUGUUACUGAACAGGGUACAGGACUCUCCCAUUACACUGUUGACAGCAGCACCACUCAGUAACCUUUCUCUGUCUCUCAUUAAAACCGAUAUUCAUAUUUUCAAUUCUUGAUUAUGGCUCGCGAGCUGCAUAUUCAGACGCUAGUGUAAGUAAUAUUUUGCACAUUUAAUUUGUCUGCGUUUGAGAUAUAUUCUUAGUUAUGUCUGUCCGUUCUGUAACAGUUGCCUCACCCUCUCCUGCAGGGAUGUCAGAAUGGCUUGAGCAGAGCCUGACCAAGAGCAAUCGACCAGAGCUCACUAGUGCCAAAGUGGUGGUGUCCGGAGGUAAGGGCUUAGCUUUACACUGUAUGACUGCUUCAGCCAAUGUGUCAUUCACAUUCCCUGGCCUCUCAUUCUGUUAGGUCAUUGUGACCAAGCACUUGAUUUCUUUGUCCCAUUAGGACGAGGGCUGAAGAGCGGUGAGAACUUCAAACUGCUGGACGACCUCGCUGAAAAAAUGGGUGCUGCAGGUAAAAAUAACGAUGUGUGUCUACAUCAGAGUGAAGGAGAGGGAGAGAGAGAAUGUUUUUGAAAGUGAGUGGGUGAAAAUAUGUUUGAGAGUGUCUGUGUGAAGGACAGUGGAAAGAGUGUGUGAGUGUGCACUUCAUGUGGUCAGUUGCCUGUGUGUAACUGCGUGGUAUGAUCAUGUGUAUUCAUAACCUGCUGUAUGUUGUGAAUGCAGUGGGGGCUUCCAGAGCUGCUGUGGAUGCUGGCUACGUCCCCAAUGACAUGCAGGUCGGCCAGACUGGCAAGAUUGUAGCGCCUGUAAGUUAUAAACCACCCCCAUUUCUUGUCUCUGUUAUUUCACUGUGUCACAGCAGAAACCAACGUACAAUAUUUCUUAGUAAGCAACCUGACAAGAAAAUAAUAUAAUCAAAUGUUUAAAAUAAAUACAAAUAACUUUAAGAAAUUGUAGAUUACAUUUAAGUUUUUCUCAUGAAAUGUUCUGUAAAAUUACAUUUUAAUUUAGGUAUUUUGGAUAAAAAAUGUAAUUCUGUUCGGUCUUUUUGAAUGACUUAAAUGUAACUGUAUGUGCACUUUUGCUGACCUUCAUUAGCCUACAGUGACAUAUUCUCUCGAUCUUGAUGUUCCAAAGAUGGCCUAUCUGUCUCUUAAAUUCAAUUGUGUGUACAGUGUGUUAGUUAGGAGAUGUGUGUGGAUUAGUGCAUGUGUGUCUGUGUUCCAAGACAUUGCGGCAGUUGUGUAUAUUUUGGCAAAGCCAACAAGCCACAAGACAGACCCCUCACAGCAAAGGGAAUUCGCCUUAUUGGAGUUGCCAACAACCGGAUGUUCCGGUUUUCAGGGAUACAGCUAUUUUCAACCAAGCUUCCUUUUCCGCUGAAAACCGGAUGUGGGAACUGCACUCAGGCGUUUCUCUUAUGCCUGCUACGUUAGGUUAAAGGGAAUUAACAUCCUAACACAGGCAAACACACACACACUCUUGUGUUAUCCAACACAAUACAAACAAAAUCACAGAAUGUUUGACAAUGCUCUGUAUUGAACAUUAUUUAAUUAUUUGAAAUUGAAAAAGCUUAAAAAGGCUAAAUAGGUCAUUUGGCUUGCGACAGGGAUAUCCCAGCUGUCAUCAGCCACACAUUACAGCCGCUUCAGACUGCCCUAAUGUAGUUAAUGGCUGAUUUUUAAGGUCCUAAAUGAUUUACCAGACCCAUUAGGGAGGAGACUUAAGUGCUGUGAGUCCACCCUGCCCCCCAAAAUGGACAACUCUGCCAAUAUUGUUGUACACAAUGUAAACAGGGAACAAUCACAGAAGGCUAUGAUAUGCAACAUCCUAAACCAGCAACCAUUCAUUGCUUGUGUAUUGCAAUGAAUAGACAUUCAAAACAAAUCAGGUGAAAUGAAAUAUAAUUUAUGUAACCAAAUGUAAUAAUAUACUAUUUACAGUAAUAUUAUAUGUAUAUACUUACAGUUAUAGGUAUAUUUCCUAAACAGUAAGCAGUGUAUGGUACAUCUACUAAGUCUACCUCCUAAGUCUAUCUCCAUAAUUCCAUGACAGGCCUUCAGAAACGCUCCGACCCCCCCACAAAAAUCACAUCUUUCCUCAUGGUAGUCUGAGAGGGGAACCAUGUUGUGGAUUUAUAAUUCAUAAUUCUUCAGAGUCAAUGCAGUAUUCACAUGAUAAUUAGGAUACAUUUUUUAUUGCUGCCUGCGGGCAUUUCUGCAUUGUUGGCUUCAGGAACCUGGGCCAUUAUGACCUUAUUAGUGUAACUGUCAGUCGCCUGUUUUAGUUUACAAAUGCAUUGUCGUGUAUUUUAUUAUGAACUGCACUCAUCAAGAUAAAACUUAUUAGUGGCUUUUACAAGACGCCGUGUCACUUAAAUGAGGAGAGCAACACCUCCGCUUGACUCAAUGUGCCUGUCAAAACAACGCUGGCAAAAUUAGUAACGUUUUCAAUUACUGUAUUCUUGUUAAUUACUUAUAAAGACUAAGUAUUUUACUUGAAAUGGGAUACAAUAACAAUUUGAUUAAAAUGAUGAAAUACAAUUGUUUCAGGUUUUUUUAUAAGGAACAAAUCAUUAAAGAUGUAUAAUAUAGGUUAUUGUUAAGUUGAGAGCACUGUGUAGGCAUUGGUGGUUUCAGAAUGAUACAGCUUGAUAUAGUAUUUUACUCAUGUUUUUAGAGGACUAAAAUAAUGAAUACUUACUGUUCUUUUUGAUUUCAAGUGACAACUUUAAUCAUUUUCUCAUUAACUUCACAGGCUUUGUCAGAUGUAGGCCUACGGUACAAAUAUAACAAAAUAAAGACUUUAUAAUGAGACCACUUUUACCCUAUUUUCAUAUGCUUUUCAGAGCAUUGAAUAUCAUAGAUUCUUCUGUCAAACCAGUUACAUGACUCAGUCCUGAGAUACCACCAAGCCAAUCUACAGUAUUUAGUAUCGUUAGCCAACCUGUUGUCUUUUAUUGUCUGUUUGCACACACCAGCAUCCUGUGAUCACCUGGUUGAUUAACUCAACUGUGUCACAAUCUGGCUGCGUGUACAGGAGCUUGUGUUCUCACACCUGAGGGGAGCUGUGCUGUGUGAACCACUGGGUUUCAGCAUCACUUUGGGGUAUUUUAUUAACAGGCCAGCGGGUGCACCGAGUCCCUACCCUGCUGCCGCGGCUCACAGCAGCUGUGGGGAGACCAAACACCAGGCAGGCAGGCAGGCAGGCGGACAGACAGGCAGGCGGACAGACAGGCAGACAGGAAGAAGAGGAGGGAAAAACUGGCCAAGCUUGGCAAAUCAACUGGCCAAGCUUGGACAAAUCGUCUGGCCAUUCGCCUCUCUCCCUCCUCUCCCUACAUAUACUUUAAAAACAUCCAGAGCUAAAUGACCCCCCAAGUAUAGCAGUUUGUAGUGGAAAACUUUCAAAAAGCUGUUUAUACCCAGCUGGGGACCUACUGGAGGCUAACGGGGAGAAGCUUUUCUAUUUUUGAUUUUCUCUCUCUUCCAUUCUGGAGUGGAAAAAGGCCUCUGGUUUGACACUGCCUUUCAUACUGUAUUAUCCGGCCUGGCUUUUAACUCUGGGAGAACUGUGUUCACAAAUUGAUGCUCUGUUCCUCUGGGGCUGCAGCUGAAACAUUAAAUCGUACUGAAAUAUUAAUAUGUGAGUGCAUUUAGCUGAAAGCAAUUGAUGUGCUGCUCCCUGGAGAAUGGAUGGUAAUGUUUCAGCCAGGGGCCCAGGCCCCCACACUCUGGCUGGCAGACACCCUAAAGGACCACACUCUGGUCAGGACCAUUGAGAUGUAUGGUCAGGACCAUUGAGAUGUAUGGUCAGGAAUUGGCUGCCUACCGGGUCAGAGUAUGGUGGAAAGUGUUCCGGGGGAUUGGGGCUCAGUUUGUGGUUCUGGUGGUGGUCACUAAUGGUCACAGCAACUUGGUUCACCAGACUACUGGUUAGGAAAGCCUAUCUCGUAAGGCUGUGGUCAUAGGGAUUCUCUAAUGGCCAUGCUGUGUAUGUAUGUUUGCAAACACGCAUCAUCUUCUCAUUUUAAGUUGUUGAAAAGUAAUGGUUAAAUCAAUAAUCUUACAUAUCAUGUUGUGGCCAAACCUUUUAAUUCAUUUGGUUGAGACUGCUUUUUUAUUUUUCAGAAUGAAUUUUUUGGUUCUCCCUACAAUAAACACUGUAUCAGUUUAUUGAAACUUGAAAGUUGAUUUUAUUUUAUUUAAAAAAAUAUUAAUACGUAUUUGGUUUGUCUAUGCAGUAUUAUUGCAAUAAUAUAUAUAUUUUUUAUAUUACAUUAUCAUAUACUGACUGGCCACUUAAUGUUGUUUUUUUAUUUCCAGGAACUCUACAUCGCAGUGGGCAUCUCUGGAGCUAUUCAGCACCUGGCUGGGAUGAAGGACAGCAAGGUACAGCACACCACAUCACAGACAUCAAACAAAGCAGUCUAAAUAAGCUAGUGGUAUUAUUGUGGUAUAGGUGUGUUAUUACUUGUGGUAAUACUUCUCAUUUAAACAAAUGUAAAUAGAUUUGUUCUACCGAUUUCAAAAAAAUGAUUUGAGGAUGCAAGAUAUUCUGAAUAUAUAUAUAUAUAUAUAUAUAUAUAUAUAUAUAUAAUUUUCUUCAGAUUUCUAGGACUCCAAACCAAAUAUAGGAUAUGUUUUAUACAGGAAGAUGUUUUUGAAAAUGUAACAAUGUUUCUCUGAAGAGUCUGUUUGUUGUGCUUUUUACAACAUUUUUUUUAGCUGAUUCUUGCUGUCACAAGUCAUGCAUAAGUACAUAUAGUUAUGGGGCUUGUGCGUCUGAUUGCUAAAUCAACUUUGGUGUCAAUUAUUUUAUUCAAUUCUUCUGAGCUCUCUGUGAUGUAGCGCCUUGUCACCAGGAGAAUGAUAUGUCUCACCCUCGUUUAUGACGAUUUACUGUAGCUAAGCUUAUUCUGCCGCCUUUUAUGGAAUAUGCAUUAGUGAUGGAUUAACAAGUAAAUAUAUACAUACAGUAAAACAAUGGGGAUACUGAUUAAAUUUGAUAUUGAUUUAAAAGAAAGUUUGUAUUAAUGUAAAAACAUAUUAAUUCAUUUGAAAUUAUUUACAACUCUUUGAAACUGAAUAAAGUCUUUUUUUCUUCUUCUUCAAAGUAGUCAAUCAUUUGAUAUCUUCAAGUUAUCUGAAAGUAUAAAGAUCACACAUUCCAAUAAUGGGUCCAGUUAACACUGUUACUGUGUAGGCUGAUUUGAAAAAGCAAAAAUGGGUGUCAUACAACUGCACCAAUUUACCUAAAUAAUACUAUUACAACAAUUUGCUCCUUGAGAAUCUGUCUAUCUAUGAGGAGGAUUUGAAUGAACUUGGUCAAAGUGCUUUUUCUUCUUUGUAUUCCUGUUUUUUCGCUGUAGUUGACCCACUUUUACAACAAGUGGAGGGCAGAGUACCUCUGUCCCUGGAAGAUAACUGUUUAUGUAAAUGCAAAAUGUAAAAAAAAAUAUUCCGUGGCCAUGACAACAGUCUCCUGAGUGGAUUUCUUCCACCAAUGCGAGCUAUCUGCUCCGGGAUCCCGUGCACUUAAGAAGUAUGUUUUAAAAGGGAACCUGAAGAAGCUUUUUAAAGAAUGAUGUAUAAUUUAUUUGUGUUUUCUCUCUCUUGCUUCAGAGCUUCUUAAGAGGAGUGUGUCUUGUGUGGGAUGUGUUCUGAAUAUGUCAGACCACACUAUUAUGUACUAUUAUGCAGCCAUAGUCCCAUAUCUAUUUGUUUUGUAUCAGAUUUACUCUGCUUCUACGUAUAUCCAGCCGCUUGAUGUCACUGAGCUGUUUUCAAAAUCAGUUUCAUCCACUUUAAAAAACACACAUUCAUAAGUGACAUCACUUAAGUGCAGCUAAUUUGGGUUUCUAUGCUUUCUGCUUUAACAAGCUAUGCAAUAUGUCAUGAAAGCAUCCUGUGUGUGUAUAUAACAUGAGAGAGUAGUAAGUGAUGGUAAUACAACUUUAUUGUAUUUUAUUCUUCUUUUUUUAAACUUCAUUUCGAUUCUCAUCAUAGUGACUGAUAUUGUCCUAAUGCCGGAUGCUGACUCACUGCUUUAGGAUGUGGAUCAACGGUUUACAAAUCAUUUAUGAUUUAAGUGUUUGUGGUUUAGCCUCCAUUAAAAUUAUGAGGCAAUCCAUAUCACUUUGCAUUUUCAUUCAGAGGACAGGUUAGUACAUGUACUGAGACUAACUCUGUGACACAUGUUUUUGUGUUGUAUUUCUAGAUAAUCGUUGCCAUCAACAAAGAUCCAGAGGCACCUAUUUUCCAGGUAGCUGACUACAGUUUGGUGGAGGAUCUCUUCAAG